CCCCCACCACCCUUUUUGACCCCGUGCGGCUUCCGUACUUGUGGCCCGAGCAAUGGCCGCCUCCGUGCGCUAACGUGAGCCGAUGUAGGAGCCGAGACGACGCUGUCACGAAACCUUCGGCGACUGUUCGAAACGGUCUUCUUUCUAACGACACGUAACGGAAGUCUUCGUCCGCGAACAAAGGCCCGUAGGUGGAUUUUGUGUUCUUAAAAGCCACCUUUGCCAGAGAGUUGGGAGGGACUCCUGAUGCUGAUUCAUACAACCCGGCAGUUAACCCCCAUCAUCUCUCAUCUCCCAUAUUCCAACCUUCAUUCUUCCGGCCAGAAGCUCCAGCUUAGCAUAGGCAGGGUCGUGACCAAUAGAGGACUGAGAUCCAUGGAGCCCAGACCAGCCACUCAGGGCACUGAGAUUCCCUCCACCCAAGCUGGGGUGGCUAUCAAGCCUCAGCCCCCUACCUCUGUAACAUCGCCAGAAAGUCCAAAUCCCACUACCGACCAACCUGCACCAAAAGUGGAUGAGAUGGAUCAGACAAAGUUGUUGCCUGGGGAGACCGUAGUCAGGGAGGGCAAGGCUGCCAUCUUGUUCCCCAGUGCAAAUGAAGUGUUUUAUAAUCCAGUCCAGGAGUUUAACAGAGAUUUAACGUGUGCCGUGGUCACAGAGUUUGCCCGGGAGCAGCUGGCACGGAAAGGAAUGAAGAUAGUGGUGCCAGGAGAGAAAGAGAGGGUGGUGGUCUCUCUGUCGGAGGAGAAGAAAGAGACAGAUGAACAGAUGGAAGAAAGCCACCACAAUGAGCUAGCUGAAACUGUAACAGUGGGAGAAAAGUGCGAGAAUGGCUUGCGUGUGCUGGAGGGCCUGGCGGCGUCGGGCCUGCGGUCAGUGCGUUUCGCCCUCGAGGUCCCAGGCCUGCAGAGCGUCACUGCCAAUGACUUCUCCACCAAAGCAGCUGCCCUCAUCUCCAGGAAUGCCCAGUACAACGGGGUCAGCCACCUGCUCCAGGCUAGCUGCAGAGAUGCUAGUAUGCUGAUGUAUGAGAUGCGAGGAAAGAAGGAGCGCUAUGACGUCAUCGACCUGGACCCCUACGGCAGCCCGGCCACCUUCCUGGAUGCUGCGGUGCAGGCCAUCAGUGAGGGAGGUCUGUUGUGUGUAACAUGCACAGACAUGGCAGUGAUGGCAGGAAACAGUGGUGAGACCUGCUACAGCAAGUACGGCUCGGUCUCCAUUAAGGCCAAAUACUGCCAUGAGAUGGCGCUCCGUAUAAUCCUGCACAGUUUGGACCAGAGAGCAGGGGUGCAUCAGCGCUACAUCCAGCCGCUCCUGUCCGUCAGCGUGGACUUCUACAUCCGCGUCUUCGUCCGUGUCUUCACGGGACAGAGUAUAGUCAAGAACUCUGCCAGCAAACAGGCUCUGGUGUACAACUGCGUGGGCUGUGGGUCUUUCCACUUACAAAGGAUGGGCAAGAGAACAAGCCACGGAAAACACAUGAAGUACUCUGCGGCUACGGGGCCACCAAUUGGACCCGUGUGUGAACACUGUGGGCAGAAGCAUCAGCUUGGUGGGCCAGUCUGGGCAGAGCCCCUCCACGACAUGGCCUUUGUCCAGAAAGUCUUGGUUUCUGUUUCGGGAAACCCCUCCCGAUUUGGAACCGCAAAGCGAAUUGAGGGCAUGCUCAGCAUGAUCACAGAGGAGUUAGAGGACGCACCUCUCUACUACACCAUCGACCAUCUGAGCAGCACGGUACACUGUAACACCCCACCUCUGCUGCAGCUCAGGUCAGCUCUACUCCACGCCGGCCACAGGGUCUCCCUCUCGCACGCCUGCAAGAAUGGCAUUAAAACGGACGCCCCUCCUUCUGUCAUCUGGGACAUCAUGCGCUGCUGGGAGCGAGCCAAUCCCGUGAAGAGAGAGAAGCUGUCGGAGACUAGCCCCGCCUUCAAGAUCCUCUCCUCUGAGCCGAGUCUCCAGGCGUGUUUCACUGUGAGGGAGGACGCCAAUCCCCAGUCACGUAAACGCCACCUAACCCGCUUCCAGGAGAACCCUCAGGCGUACUGGGGGCCCAAGGCCCGUGCUAAGGCAAGUGGCGGUAUCUCGAUAAACUUGCAGGAUAAGAGGGAGCGGCUCCAGAAUAAGAGGAAGACCCAGAUCACGGACUCCUCUCAGCUGAGUAACUAUCCCUGCAAGAGAUUCAGAAAGGGCACCUGCACCCACGGAGACAAAUGCUGCUACUCCCAUGACUUGGAGCUGACGGAUGGAGAAAAGAUGCAGUGAAUCUCCCACCGCCCCCCCCCCUCCCCCCUUCUCAUAGGUCUUCUUUGAGGACUUGAUUCAUGUACAGGUUGUGUGAAGUCAGAAUAAUACAAUAUUCCUGAAUGAAAAUUUUUUUUUGAGAUAGUCAAAUGCAUGCAACUAAAGGCCUGCAUUGAAAAUAUACACGUCUUCAAGACCGCCUUGAGGAAAAGCAUAAUGUUUUAGUUGUCUUAUGUUUUGACCGUUUUGAAAGUCAAAUAAAAUCCUAUUGCA